AUGCCGGGGCCCACAGUUGGAUGGACAGUAGAUCCAUCAAUAUAUGGAGACACAAAAACUAGAUUAACAACAGGUUGGACGAGAGAUGACUUUCAUGGAACAGGAUGCAUAGAUAUAAGAUGCCCUGGUUUUGUACAAGUUAACAAAGAGAUACCUCUUGGAGCUUAUAUAUCACCUCUCUCAGUUUACAAUGGUGUUCAAUAUGGAAUGAACUUCCUUCUUAUCAGAGAUACAUCAACUUCCAAUUGGUGGCUUAUUUUAAGAGAAGAUAUGAAAUCAAUAGGUUAUUGGCCAAAGGAGAUAUUUACCACAUUAAGUGAUCAUGCUAAUUGGCUUAGUUUUGGUGGAGUUGCUGGUUAUUUUGGUAGUAACUCAAAGAUGCCACCAAUGGGAAGUGGCCAUUUACCAUUUGAAGGUGCUAAUAAAUCAUUUAUCUUUUUUAAGAUUAAAAACAUUAACUCAAACUCUGAAUGGGUAGAUUUACCGGCAAAGGAUGUGUCUCCAAACUCACACAGUCAAUGUCAUGGUCUUGGAUCAUUUAUUGAGACUAAAACUUCAUAUGGGAAUAUGUUCUAUUUUGGAGGUCCUGGUGGUUGUUAA